CCCAAAUGCCAUCGAUCAUCCCUAUUAUUUCUUUAAGGCAAAAUAUUUAGUUUUGAUCUAACUUGAUUCAAAAAUAGAGAUGAUUAACGAUGAGUUCAGCACACUAGAUUUCAUCAAACAACAUCUUUUUGAUGAAAUCGAAAUCCUGUCUACUCCUCCAUCAUCUCAUAAUAUUCCUCUAAGCGCCUUAUCAAAUAUCGACUUAAAUUCUUGCUUCAUAUCGGAUUUCGAUACUAUAGAUUGGUCCACUAGCAAUAUUUCUAGCACGCAAAGCGAUCCUUCCAGCUCAGAUAACAGCUCAUCACUCUUUGAUUCGGUUUCUAGUUUUUUCGAUACUAGUGAUCAACUAGAUAACACUUCUUGUAAUUUUUAUAACUUGAUGACUUCUGAAUCAACUAGUUUGAUAACCAAAGUAGUUGAGCCCAAACCUGAAGUAGCCGAGCCCAAACCUGAAGUAGUCAAGCCCAAACCUGAAGAAGUGAUUGUAUCGAGCCCACCAGAACCGUCUACAGAGGAUGAAAGGCGGUAUAGAGGUAUAAGGAGGAGGCCGUGGGGCAAGUAUGCAGCGGAAAUCCGAGAUCCAAAACAACGGGGGUCUAGAGUUUGGUUGGGAACAUAUGACACUGCCAUUGAAGCUGCAAAGGCUUAUGAUAGAGCCGCGUUUACUAUGCGUGGUAGAAAAGCCAUUCUAAACUUUCCUUUGGAGAUUGGGAAAAACUUGACCGAAAACGCAGCCACUAAUGCUGUUACGAAAGACAGCCGGAAGCGGUCAAGAGACAGGACGCGGGCCGAACUAGUCCUGGAGAAGGUUGUGGUCAAGAAGGAAAAGACGGGGGACAUGUCUUAAUUAAUUUGGUCUAAUUAACGGGUACGGUUGAAAAGGAAAUUAAAACUGCAACUAAUAUAAUGUCUUUGGUGUGGCGGGCAUUAUUUAGUCAAGUAAAAUGUGUACGUACGACUGUCCGUGAACCAUACCCUGAUGCUCUAAACGGACGAAUACAACCAAGAGGUCUUUGGUCUAGCGGAGUAUAAAAAAUUGAUCGGGUUCAAGUUUCAUCAUAUGAUCAAACACUUGUUUGUGAGGGUAUUUCAAAUUCAAAAAGAGAUGGAGAUAAAUUAAGAACCAACAAUAUCAACAAUGCUAGCUAGCUUGAUUUUGUGCCAUAUAUUAUUCAUGUGAUAGAACAUAUAUAAAUUAUAAAUAUAUGACCUGCAUAUGUCUGUUAUUAUUAUCAUUAUUUUAUUUAUAAUAUGAUGGGUCAGAAAUCUCGUACUUUUGUGAUUUAUUUAUUGAUUACAUUAUAUCUCAUCGAUCUAUAUAUCGAAUACUUCACCUGUAAUGUAAAAGUAUUCAUAUAUAUACCAAUAAUCAGAUAUAUAAAUUAUUAAAGCA